AUGAGUCCUGAUAUUGAGAAACGCGAGUCACCUUCUGUACGGAGUGUUACACAAGAUGGAACUGAAACCGAAAUCCCUGCCUGUGAUAACGAAGGCAGGUCCAGAUAUCAGAGAUGGGCGCAGAAUGUCAAGGGCCUGGAGACGCGAGGGAUCGAGCCGGUGCCGGUUGAGGAGCGGCAGCCCGUCAGCGCGUCUGCCUCGUUCCAUAUCCUGCUCACGUGGUUUAGUAUGGGAAUGGCGCUAAACAACUUAGUUGUUGGGACGCUGGGGACGGUUGUGAUGCAAUUAAAUUUUCUCGAUGCGGCGCUGUGUGCGCUGUUUGGGAAUGUGCUUGGUUGCGUAGCGAUUGGGUAUAUGUGUACCUGGGGGCCGAGGAGUGGGCAUCGCACACUUAUCGUAUCGCGGUUUCUUAUGGGGUUCAACCCUAGCAAGGUGUGCUGCUUUCUGAAUGUGCUUACCAACAUUGGUUAUGGAAUGAUGAGCUCGACGGUCGGGGGCCAAAUUCUGUCUAAGCUGUCUGGCGGCGCUGUAUCAGUUGUGGUCGGAAUCAUCAUUGUAGCCCUUGUGAGUCUGGUGGUGGCCACCUUCGGGAUGCAUAUAUUCCAGUACUAUGAGAGAUACGCAUGGUUCCCGCAGUUGAUGGUCUUCUGUAUCCUACUGGGAUCGUCCGGUCCAGAGUUCGAUUUCAAUACUGUCUCUAUAGGGUCUGUAGAAGAAGUCAACGCCAAAAGACUGGCGUUCUUCUCUCUUUGCCUCUCUGCCGCAAUGUCCUGGGUGCCAGGAGCUGCCGACUAUCACGUAUAUUAUUCACCUGAUACCGGGACGUGGAGGAUAUGGUCCCUGACGACGGUAGGAGUAGGCUUAGCCAUGACUAUCACGCUCCUUCUCGGUGUUGGGCUGGGAACUGGAAUUGCCCACAAUCCCCGCUGGGGCGCCAUUUACGACGGGACCCCCGGUAGCGUGGUGAUCGCGGGUUAUGACCGACUGGGCGCUUUGGGCAAGUUCUGCGCCUUUUUAAACGUACUGACCAUAGUAUCCAACAAUGCCCCCGGCUCAUAUUCGAUGGCGAUGAACUUCCAAAUGCUCGGCGACUUCUGGUGCAAGGUGCCGCGUCCUGUCUUCACUACCGUCAGUACCGCCAUAUACACAGCGUGCGCGAUUGGCGGGCGGGAUUCUCUCUACCAAAUCUUCAAGAAUCUCGUACCUUUGAUCGGCUAUUGGAUCGUUAUCUGGUUCACCAUCUUCGUUGAGUCGGACUUGAUGUUCAACAGGGACAGACAGUACGACUGGUCUGUGUGGAAUAACUCGCAGAAACUGCCCGUAGGGUUCGCAGCCACUGUUGCAUUCCUGAUCGGAUGGGCGGGUGCUAUUGUUGGAAUGGACCAAAUUUACUACACCGGACCGAUUGCAAAAGCCAUUGCUGGGGGAUGCGAUCUGGGAGUUUGGCUGGGUUGUGGGUUCACGGCGGUUGCGUUUCCUCCGCUAAGAAUGCUCGAGCUACGCGUGAUUGGGCGUUGA